CGUCACUACUCGAGCCAAGCAAGAUGGGUCGCGUAAUCCGUGCCCAGAGGAAGGGAAGAGGAUCGGUGUUCAAGUCCCACACCCACACCCGUAAGGGAAAGCCUGCCCUUCGUGCUAUCGAUUAUGCAGAACGUCAUGGAUACCUCCGUGGUAUCAUUAAGCAAAUCAUCCAUGACCCUGGCCGUGGUGCUCCUCUAGCCAUUGUGCACUUCCGUGACCCUUAUCGUUACAAGAUCCGCAAGGAGAUCUUCCUUGCCGCUGAGGGCAUGUACUCUGGACAGUUUGUCUACUGCGGCAAGAAGGCUAACCUUGAUGUAGGCAAUGUCAUCCCCAUUGGAAAUCUGCCUGAAGGUACCAUCAUUUGCAACCUUGAGGAGAAGACUGGUGACCGUGGCCGUAUUGCCCGUGGAUCUGGCAAUUAUGCUCAGGUCAUUGCCCACAACCCUGAAACCAAGAAGACCCGUGUAAAGCUCCCUUCAGGAGCCAAGAAGGUUUUGCCCUCUGCCAACCGUGCCAUGAUUGGUAUUGUUGCUGGUGGUGGACGUAUUGACAAGCCUAUCCUGAAGGCUGGUCGUGCCUACCAUAAGUAUAGGGUGAAGAGGAACUGCUGGCCUAAGGUGCGUGGUGUGGCCAUGAACCCUGUAGAGCAUCCUCAUGGUGGUGGUAACCAUCAACAUAUUGGUAAGGCUUCCACUGUAUCCAGAAACAAGAGUGCUGGUCGCAAGGUUGGUCUGAUCGCCGCCAGAAGGACUGGUCUCAUCCGUGGUACAAAGAAGGACCCAAGGCAGAAUGCUUAAAAAUCCUAAAUAAACUAAGACGAAGA